AUGCCUCCAAAAUUAACCCCGCAUCAAUUUUCGAGAGGACUUACUUAUGUAAAGCAGGUUUGUAUCUUUAUACCGGCUGUGGCAAUAAUGCGACUAUUCAUUGACAACUUCAUACCUGCUCUCGAUAAGGUACCCACUUUCCUUCAAGGAUUAGUCGAUGAUGAUGUCAGAGAAGAAACGUCAGACAGGCGACCAACUACAAGCGAAGACCUAAUUGAUAACGAAGAUGACGAUGAAAUUCUUAAGUUAAGUGGAGACGAGAAACCACAAAUAGUUGUACUUAACGAAAGGAAGCACAUGACAGAAGAAGAAGUGCAAGAAUUCGUAGGUACUCGGAAGAAAUCCAAAUUAACAGAUGACGAAUCCAGUCAGAACGAAGAUCAUGAUUCGCAAGGCGGAAAAAUUAUAUUUCGUAAGCCUGAUGGAAAGAAAACGAGUGCAAACAAUAAUAAGCCGAAAGCUUCCUCCAAGGCUAAAUCGGAUACUUCCAUAAAGGAUCUUAAUGAAAAUGCUUGCGUUAUUUUGAUUCGUAACGACGAUCUAUUCAUUGGCGUUAGACUUCCGAUCAAUAGGUUUACUUAG